UCAUACAAUAACCAUACGCAAAAUCAAAGGGAAGAUUCGAUAAAAAUGAACUAAGGAUAAACUUGCAAGACUUAUAAAUUGUAAAUGUCAAGAGUACUAUCCUUGCAGAAAGAAAAAUAAAAUAAUUCAUAUCCCCAGAAAGAAGCAGCCAGUGCAAUUUUUGCAUCCAAAACAUAUCCACAUAUUGAACAACUGGGGCCAAUUUCCUGAUACCCUAUUCUAGCAGGGGCACCCAUCGGCAAUUUUCGGAAAGUAUCUGUUCGGAAGACGAUUUGAGACCUAGAAUUUUCGGAACAUUUGUUGUAAAAUUUCUUGCUUGCCUGCCUCUCCUAGGAUUUUCGAACAUCUACAAAAUGCUAUAAUUACCCAUUUUUAACCGAUUUUUACCCUAAAAAAGGCCACCUAGAAUUUUCGGGAGCCUUUUCCUGGCUGAAAUUUUCGAAAAGGUGAAUUUUGAUUCCUAUAAUUUUCGGAUCACUAGACUUUCAGCUUGGAAAUCCGAACAGAUGAAAAGUUUUUAGGGGAUAAAAAUAUGCCUAUAUCUACCCUUUAAAUACUAAAAUACGUUCAACAAUGCUAUGUUAAGCGGUUUUGAACUAUAUCCUCGUUGGGUGCCCCUGUUCUAGACCUGUCUAGACCAAAGAACCCUGAUUUCUAUUCCCUAUCCCAGAUGAAACUGCUUGAAACCAUACCCUUCACAGUAAGACUACCAAUGUAUCCCAUAUAUGGUGGCUGCACCUCCUCAAAAGUUAGUCUGUUCCAGGUGUUCAGUUAGUUGGCUAGGUAUCAGAUCCCUGGGGGAACCCUCACAUGAAAGGGGCAGGGAUGCUUGUCGCAAAUUUUGAAUUAAGCCCCUAAAGAAAAGAGACCAUUUUAAACUUUGAUUACAUGGAUCGAGUACAUAAAACGAAUUGAAAAUAUACAAUUUUUGAAUAUUUCUUCGCACUGGAGCCUCUAUUCAUCCUGUUUGCGCACAAUCCUAAAAGAGACCCUUAUGGCUGAAUAUAAUGGUGUUUUGACCAGAACACACUAAGUGAGACCAAAGUCCGAAAUUUACAACCCUAAGCGAGACAACAAGCAUUCCCGCUCGGGCAUUCCCGCCCCUCUCCGCCGGGGUUCAGAUGUACUAGAUACCAGUGGUACAGUAGGGAACUUCACCGUUCUUCCCAGUUCCCCCUCUGCUUUCCCCCUCUCCCCACUAUCUGGAUCUGAUCCUUGAUCAGGCUAUAGGCUAGUGAGUUCUUCAAACUUAAGGAUUACAAGGAAAAAAACAUAAUAUGACUUUGAUGUCUUGCAAAUUAUGAAUAAACCAUUUUACAGUAAUGCGUACGUUAGCCUGUGUACAGACCCCCCCCCCCUCCCCUCACGACACCCUCCCCUCAGGAUCCCUCAGGAAAAGCCCCUCCUCCAAUUUUUCCUGAGAACGGGGGAGGGGGGACUGUACACAGGCUACCAGAGUUGUGGGCUUAGCUGACCUCAGCCUUUGAGUCAAAUGUAAGGCUUAUCGAGGUUGACCUUGUUUUGAUGAAAGUAAAGUCAAAAAGGCUACUGUAGUUUUUUACUGUUUUGUUUUGAUACAAACCUUUGUUUUCUUAUGGAAAUCUUUCUAGAAAAAUACUAGUUAGCAUAAGAAUAACAAAAUUUACGUAAGAAACCAAGAACUGAAUAAGGUCAACUCCAGCCUCGUUUCCAUUAAUGUUCUUAAUAUUCAACCCCGCUAAACUUCUUGAUUGAUUGUGACGUCAUUAAGUUUUUUGCCUCGGGCGAGAACCCGGUCAGCCCGGUCAGAAAUUAACAAACAGCUGAAGUCUGUCGACAGCUUGGAAUUGAAAUGUAGCCUUUUAAUAUGACAGAGCUUUGUAGAAAGUUUGGACUUGACGUUGACAGCGCCAUAAGUCAGCUCCUGGACUACAAAAACAAGCCGGCGACGCAGGUAGGCGAGUUCAUAUGAGCGUCAUCUCUCUUUUAAACAUGGCUCUGUGAAAUAGUUUUACCGCAGAGGGACUUUGAUUAACAGGACAAUAAAGCCAGUUUCUUUUGUUAUUGCAGAAGUAUUUUUAUAGAAUUUUGUCGAAGACAAUGGCAUAUCAUGGUUUUUGAAAUACCUAAAAUUAUGUUAUAAGGUUAACUUAUUGUAAGCUUAUUAUCUAUUAUCAAUCUUAGAAAAGUACAUGCAGUUCUCUAGCGCGACCGCCAUUGCAAAUUAAACUUUGCAUAAACGUUUGCUUAAAAAAAAAAAACUGUGUGAUUUGACUUCCAGGUUCAGCUUCCAGAAGGGACGAUACGUUUACUAUGUCAAGUGUCAAGGGAGGUAUUCAUGCAAGAAGGGAUGUUAUUGGAGUUAAAUGCGCCAGUUAAUAUUUUUGGAGAUAUUCAUGGACAGUACGAUGAUCUUUUGAGACAUUUUGACAAGUUAGGUUAUCCACCAGAUUGUUCUUUUUUGUUCAUGGGAGACUACGUAGACAGGUUUGUAUCAGGCGUUGUAUGGGAAAUUCAUUUUAUUUAUUUCUUUACUGCAAACUGAUAAUUAUAAUUGCCAAAACGAACAUUUCAUUUUUGUGAGCAUUUUUUAAUGCCUCAAAAUACCUACCCUGUGGGCAGUGGCCCUUCGAUCUUCCUCAACAAGUUGGUUCAUCUAGGAAGAUCGAAGGGCCUCUGCUUGCAAUUCAAGUUCCAAAAUUUCUGCAGUGUAAUCAAAGCCAUUUGGAGUUAAUGCGGUCACCACUGGCUCCUCAAUGGUUUGUUGUUCGUUGCAGCAAAAAGAUCCGACCUAGCUGAUCUGAUCUGAUAUGGGUCGCCAAUUGGUUACAGGGGCAGAUCCAGGAAUUUUUUACUGUGUGUGGGGGGGGGGCAAACUUUGGUUCACGAAGGACUGUUGAAUUUUUUUGUGACCAGCUGAGAAAGCAGAGACGACCACGUGUUUCUCUAUUUGUGAAUGCCAGUCUCCGUUGGUGCGGGAAAUAUUGCUUUGUGAGCAGAGGCGAGCAGAUCAUAGGAGGGUUCCCAAAAACAAUUACAUUUUUGAAUAUCCCUGGAAUUUAGUUUAAUGGCAAAAUGCAAUGUGCGUUUCAUUAACAAAAAUCAGCCAGUUAAAAAGUGAUAUAUGAUCCUGCCAUAGUAACAAUUUCAGUCUCAAACAAGUGUCAGGUCUGAUGGGGGGAAAGGGGGGGACCAGACCCCCCAGACCCUCCCCCUGGAUCCGCCACUGGUUUACUCCCAUUUCCAGAGAGAAUUUUCAUUGUAACAGGGAACUUGAUUGGUUACAUCUAACAACUUCCCUGCAUGAGACUGAAAGCUGGUUUCAACACUGUUCAAGGUUUAUAAUAAACAAAUCGGAGAGGCUACCAUCCUUGUGUUCUUUUAGAAGUCCAGUUAUUGGGCUCUAACCCUUAGAACUUAUCUACCAAAAGGCAGUAUUUUGAGUGAAUUAUGUGAUAAUUUCCUGCUAUGCAUUUUCAUCCUGGGCUAAGUUCUGCAGUGUUGUUUAUAAGCAAUUUGUUGAAUUCCCACCAAUGUUGAAUGGUGCAUUCUCACAAAUCUUGAUCUUAACAGAUAAAAAUCUAAAAGAAAGAGUUGUAGAGUUGUAAAUCUAAAAGAAAGAGUUGUAGCUUAAAUUGUAUAGCCACACAAUAAAUUAAUUAUGGAAAAUUGUUUUGUAUUCAUUAACCCAUUCACCCCUGAGCCACCCAUGUGGAUCCACAUCCCUUCUACUGCUUGUCAUCAGUUUUAAUGGUUAUGGACAACAAGCCCUAGGAUUUCACGGUAACGAUCAUUUCCAUUACCGUGUUGUUACUGUGAACUUAAAAUAAUGGAACCAAAAAAUAGUUUCCCAGUGACAUGUCUUGAUAUAUUCAGACUGAGAGAUCAAAAUGCACAAAUAUAGUGUUUUUCCAAAUGGAUUCUUAACUAGUACAGCAAUCAUUAUGACUCAGCUUGUGUAUAAACGAAAUUUGAAAAAAAAAAUUACCGUUUUUCUAUCGUCCACCAUCUUGAGUCAUAAUUUCCCAUCUUACUGAUGACUCAAGCAUGAAAGAUGUUUUACAGUUAACAGCAGCGAUUGUUAUGGCUUCCAGUGCCAAGAAAAAAAAGAUAAGACUCCAAAAGUUUAGAAACAGUUAGAUUGUAGUCUUUUAGUGACAAUUUCACUGUGAAACGGAUGAUGAGGCCCGAAUCUCUUAAAGACAAGACAAGAUCUGUAGCAAACAUUUCAAGUGAGUAUACUUACUCCUUUAGUUGGAUCGAAGAGGAGUCUUGAGUUUUUGACACUUCAGUGCACACACACUUAACACUUAAAUUGGCCUUCUUCUGGCAUUUUAAUAAUAAACAUUGAAGUUUUGUGUAAAUAAUAGCACUUACACGCCGAUGUUCUUCAUUUUAAAGUAUGUAUAAUCUAACAACAUGUUUCCAAAAAACUGUUUCUGUACAUUAAAAGAAAUAAAAGUGGGUUCCCAUGAAUUUUCACGGAACCAAAAAAUUGUUACCGAUAGUUUUCCCAUAAUCACUGGGCACAGAACCGGAAAAUUGUUAUGCGUGUGAUUUGAAAUCCUAGGGCUUGAGACAACUUUGUGCCCUAACUUGUGCAGAGUGAAGAAAUCUUUCAAACCAUACUAGAAUGAGCACAACUCAGUCAAGGUCACUGGAGAAAAAGGCAAGAAACCAUGUAACAUUGACCUGAAAACUUCCAUGAAAAUCUUGUUCCACCACCCACCUACCUUUUCUUUCAUCUAAUCCUGAUAUCCUAAAAACUUUUCCCACUAAAAUGAAGCCUACUAAAUGCCCUGCAAAAGAAAAAAAUGAGGCAAGAAAUACGAAACAAGAGGGGAGAAGCAAAAAAUAAAAUUCAAGACUGCUGUCAGUGUCACUUUUAAGCCCCCAAAUUUUCCCUUCUGCACAUGCCUGAACUUCGCAAGCUAAUAUCUUGCAUCUGGAUCAGAAGGAGUGAAUUGUGCAGCCUGUGAAAUAUGGCUUUAUGGUGUAAGUUUUGGCGCUUUGUAGCACGACAGUGACCAGAAAACCACCCGACUACAUAUAGCUUCAAAACGCAAUUUUUUGGCAAAAUUUGUAGGGACAAAUGGGUUAACUCACUCAGGAGUCCUUUAAUCACGCCUUACGCUCUAUUUUCAUGAUAAUAAGAGUCAUUGGACUGGAGCACAAUGUCAUAUAAUUCCCCUUGUGUUAACAGUGUAGUGAUUACUCUCUUUAUGCCUGGUUGUAUUUUUAUCAGGCCAUACCGUUUCUAGCCAUGAAUCUUUGAUUAACAUACAGUUGCCAAGAUGACUAAGUGUUUAGUUGCUACACAGGAAAUAAGCAACCAAUAAUGUUUUGUUUUGUGGCAAGAACCAUAAAAGCCAUUCUGUCUGGCAAAGUUUGACCUGGCUCAACAAUACCCUUGUCACAGGCCAGAAAUUCUUCAGUGUUGUCCUGUUGGCUACUAAAAAAGCCAACAGCAUGGUGUGUACCUCUGUCCUUAUAAUUUGUGUUGAAAAUCAAAGUGUAUAAUUUUUUAGGAAGGAAUUUAAGGACCAUGUAAUAUUUCUGAAAGGCUACUGAGGCCAAACUCCAUCACUACUUCGACUCACCACUACACUCAUGACUACUACUCCACAGCUGCUUUCCCAGCUAGGGAAGUCCCAGAUUUACACUAGCUACAGCUCUUUCCUUUUUAAGUAAGCAUUUGCACAAUUCUAUAUAAAUUUAUGCAUGAUUAAAAUAUGAUUAAAGUCACUUUUAUGGGUAGUUAUUACUCAUAAAAGUAACCUCUGUUUUUAUUUUCAGAGGAAAGAAAUCCUUAGAAACUAUUUGUUUGCUGUUAGCGUACAAAAUCAAGUAUCCUAACAACAUGUUUCUGUUAAGAGGAAAUCAUGAGUCAGCUUCUAUUAACAGGUAAACAGUGCUUGUAUAAAAUACUUUUUUGUGUGUGGGCAUUAAAUUACAUACAUGUAUCUCUCGAGGGCUUCUCUCACACUACUAUAAUGCUGCUGUACACGAUCAAAUCAGAUCGCUUCUGAUCACAUAAAUGCAGAAGAAAUUUCAUAUUAAUAGACGGAUUAGAAAAAAUAAGAUGCUUUAUGUGUAACUUAAGGCCAUUUAGCUUUGCAAAUAUGCAAAGCUUCUGGAACUUCCUGUAAAUGAUGUUUUUUAAGGAUAGUAAAUGUUCUGUAUGAAAAUCUAAUUGUCAGUAGAGAGAUUGCCAAAUUUUCUGCAUUUAGAAGACCUUGUUUUCAGCCCUGCAGCAAAGGGGUUAGCCAGGAAUGUGUGACUCACUCUUGACAAGGGUCUUACUCUUCACAAGUUUAAACAGUCCUUUAAAAAGGCUAUUUUCAGUUGAUAUCAAGUUCUUUCUUCUCCAAUAUUUUCUCCAGCUGCUCAAUUUUUCUGUGAUUUAAGUCUGUGCAUGUGGUUUUAUUUUAUUUUCUUUGUUUGUUUCGUUUGUUUUUUUACAUUGUUUUAUACUUGUGCUUCCACAAAACAAACCUCUUUAAUAUAAUUCUGAAUUACGGGUAAUCUAUAAUGUCUCCUAGCGAGAUUAGCUUUUUAGCUAUUUUCUACACGGCUUGUACCUUAAUUAGUAAUAUAGGUAUUGUCUUUUUUUAAUGUCUUUUUUUCUGUGUGUGGUAUAAAGUUCUUGUCUUGUUGCAACCAUGUCUGAAAACUGUCUUCUCAUGAAACUAUAAAAGCAUGAAAAAAGCAGAGUACCUGGGGACUGCUGAUAGAAACAACAAUAGGCAAUGGAAUAAUGUAACUUUGAACAAUUUACCGGGAAGAUUCAGAACAGAUAAGGUUGAGCUGUCCAGUUUGCUAACAGCAAAUUCUUUGUUUUUGCAUUUCCCAGUUUUAGUUAGAUCAAGAAAUGAAUGUUAUAAACUGUUUCAUGGAUAAUUAUGUGAUUUACCUAGUGAGUGCUCUUUAGUGCCUCACUUAAAGGCAGCUAUUCCCCUGGCAGUAUUCCAUUAUUACGUUGUUGCAGGCUAAUUUCUAAAGUUGGUCUUCUUGCAGAAUUUAUGGUUUCUAUGAUGAGUGUAAAAGGAGAUACAACAUUAAACUAUGGAAAACAUUCACUGACUGCUUUAACUGUCUGCCAAUAGGUAAGUGUAUUAAUUUAAAGAAUUUUUACUGCACUGUUAAAGUAGUUGAACAUUAUCUCAAGAACUUAUUUUUUGCAAGAAAGGUUUUAUUCAGGACAUUGCACCAGUUAAUAACAUUCUGCAAUGAAGGAGCUGCCCAUUUUAGGUGUUACAUUUCAGGAGAAUUGUAAAUAAUUAUAGUGAACAUGUACGUGCUAAGUUGAUUAAGGCAAAUAAUUGUCUUGUUGUAUUAAGAUCUUUAUGGAAGGAAGGUUUCGGUCAAGGUGAAGUAGACUGUCUAUUUAGUGCCAUAGUUUUACCUAAUUUCACUUACGUCUGUCUGUUUAUGGUGCUUCCUGGAUAGAUGCAAACACAAACCUCACUCAAACCAUGAGCAAGGUUUGUGAUACACCAAUCACUAUAAACCACCACAGUGGUACAAAUAGUUCAACUCAGUAAAUCGGCACUAUCACCUGAUGAAGACCUGCAGUGUGCUGUCCAGACUUUGUGAUCAAUACUAAAGUGACGAUCAUGAGACAAACAAUAAAACUAAACUCCUUUAUAUUAUUAUUAUUGUUGUUGUUGUUGUUGUUACUCCUAGUUCCUCUUCUCUUCUCCUCGUUUUCCUAAUAUCCAUAACAUGUAGACUCUAAUACUUUGUCCUCAGAUGUUGCUAGUCUAAUAUACAAUGCUGUGCACAAUCUUGUAGUGAUGCCUUUUGGACCCUAGCAACAUACUCCUAGCUGUCUAACUUUUAAGGAAGUCUCAGAUCUUCCAGAAAUGUUUAUCAUUGGGCCUGGACUUUCUGGCUUUUGGGCAUUCUAUAAUUUUCUUGGGGCCUAUCCUGGAUACCUGUGGCAUAGGUACAGGCGCUGUACUUUCCAUGACACUCCAUUCUCCUCCCUUUUGCAUGCUACAUCAUUGAUCACCUUAAACAAGGUAUUCAACAAAGUGUGAAGAUCAUUAAGAUGUUUGUUUUACUUCCUUUCAGCUGCUGUUGUGGAAAGCACUAUUUUCUGUUGUCACGGAGGUCUUUCCCCAGAUUUGCGGGACUUUGAUCAGGUGAUAUAUAUAUGCAGAAAUGGCUCUUCUCAACAGUAAUUUGAAUAAAAGAACUGAAAGCCUCAUGCAUGCUUCAUUGGCAAAACGUGUGGAGUGGAUUGAUAUUUUAGGCAGAUUAGUAAAUCAUUAACAGCUGAUUAUUACGACUAAAUGGCGGGAGGAGGGCUUGGAUCCUUGACAAUAAUAAUUUCAUCUUUAACAGCUACAAUUAAGUAAUUCAGUCAGUACAUUAUGCAAUCCAGAUGUACUACUUCAGAUCUCAGAUCUGAGAAAAGCUAAGAAAGCUAGAAAAAAGCAAGGCCAGUAAAACUCAUUAACAAUUGUUCAUAAAGACAUGCAAAGUGUUGCACAGCACAUCUCUUGGAAUGGGGAUUUUCUACAUACUGGCAUGUUCUCUGAAAGGGAAAAACAACUAUUCAUGUUUAGUUUUCUUUAGGAUAAAUUUUGUUGCUGAGCUUAAUUGUCCUUUAUGUUAAUUCCUUUAUAAGAAGUAAACUAACACCUCCUUUUCCUGUUCUUUAAGUUACGUGAAAUGCAGCGACCCAUGGAUGUACCAGACAAGGGACUGGUGUGUGAUUUACUGUGGUCUGACCCAGACGAGGUUUGCCACACCUACUUGUCAGCAAGCAUUUCUAAAUGCGUUCAUUGAGAAAGGUGGAAUGAGGGUGGAAAAGAGGGAUGAAGGGUGGAGGGGAGUGGAGAAAAGGAAACACUUCUCCCCUCCCUUCCCCUCCCCUUCCCCUUCGCCUUCUUCCACUUUUUUUGGAGGGAAGGGAGGGGGCUCUCAUUCCAACUUUCACGCAACAGCGUGCAUGCAAAUACUCGCUAAUGCAGGCUUAAGUUUGUCUGAGCUACUAAGUUUAUUUAGCCAACCCUGCUUUAUGUGUUAUCAUUAGUCAGAUUAACGUCAGGUGUUAACAUCGUCCUGCCAGUGAUUUUACCUAUACCCACGGUGAGAUACAUAGAGGAUAUUACACGGUGGUGUGAAGAUAUGAAUUUUAUUUUCGAGUGGCAAAACAAUAUUUUACGAACGAGUGCAGUGAGUGAGUACAAUAUUGUUUUUGCCACGAGAAAAUAAAAUUCAUAUCUUCAAGCCGCCAUGUAAUGUUCUUUUUAUUAUAUAGACAAAAUGACAUAGAUAAAAUAAUAGAGGGAAAUGACCAAAAUUACGUCAUCGAUAAACUCACGUGUGAGAUUAUGGAAAAUAAACCGCUGAAUGAAUUUUACGAGUGGUAUAUUUUCCAGUAAAACACUUGUGUCUAUAUAAUAAAAAGUAAAAAAACCAUGGGUCACUUGAUUUUCAUUAGGAAAUGGCACACUUCUUAUGGAAAUUCUGCAGUGACUUGUGCCUUUCAGCGGAAUGGAAGCGAAAAUGAAUGAGAGGAAAUGGAUGUGUGUAAAAACAAGAGGUGUUAAUUCCUGCUUUCUUUAUAUUCCUUGUUAUCUCCUUACCUUCUAAAUCUAAAUCUAAAUAUCGUUAUGUCGGCAAAAUCGUUUGGGACAUCACGCCAACUCUAAGAUAAUAAUAAAUAAAACUAUACCAGAAUAUACAAAACUAUUAAAAACUAUUAAAAAACUACUGAUAAAAAGAAAACUAAAUUAGUUUGCUUUUAAAAAUACAGAGGGAUUGGCUGGAGACAGUUUCUUCUGGAAGUUUGUUCCAUUCAGUUAUUGUCCUGGGAAAAAAAGAAAAUCUAAAAAUAUCUUUAUGUCCUUUCGGUACAAUAAAUUUAAAAUCAUGGCUUCCCCGGGUUCUCCUUUUGCUUGUUAUCAAAUAAUCCCCCCAGUCCCCAUCUAGGAGGCCGUGGCACAUCUUGUAUAUAGUGGAGAGCCUUUAGCAGUCUGAAUGGAAAUCGCAGCAAAAACACUCACCUUUCUUAUUCCAGGCAGUGCUUGUCACACAGGCAAAAUAGACUGAGGCAGGAGUGAUCAGUUCUAUUAGAAUUCGUAUUAGAACUACAUCUACAUCAUUUCUGUAUUGUAAUCGUAACAGUUUUCCAUUACGUGGAUGAGAAAAAUACUUUAAUGAAGGAAAGAUUAAAAAUUCUAUGGAGAUCGAAGGUAGAACAAGACCUCACCCGCCCUCCUUCGUUCCUGACCGAGUUACUACAAACACAUCAGCCUCCUUUUGUCUUCUUGAGUUAGGAGGAGAAAAGGAGGUUCUGUUCGCAAGGUGUGGUUCAGUCGGAGCGGGUAACUCAGUCUACAUACCGGCACUAGUUAAACACAUGUCAGACAGUCCAGUAAGGGUUAUUAGAGACCUUAAGAUACAUUGUUACCGUGUACGGGUACGGUUACGGGUAAAUUAGCGGUACACGUAGCCAUAAAUACGGGUAGAUUGCCUCUUACCCCGCGGGAGAAAUGGCUAGGCUACGGGGUAGAAGUGGUUACGUCAUUAUCACAUCUGGGAGAUAAUGGUUGCCUUUUAUAAAACUACGAGGUAAACAUGUUCGCUUACCCGUACCCGUAGGCUUAAGGUCACUAUUAAAGUGUUGAUUUACCGGUAUCUCCUCAUUUUUCUAGGACAUAACUGGUUGGGGAGACAAUGACCGUGGAGUUUCCUGGACAUUUGGUGGUGAUGUAGUGCGAUCAUUUUUAAAGAAACAUGACCUGAGUCUUAUUGCACGUGCACAUCAGGUUAUAUAUUCAUGUAUUUUUAUAGUCAUAUCCCAAGAACAUGGAGCUCUUUCGCUUUUGUUUUCUUUCUCUUUGUUGCUUUUCACAUUUUGGGAUUUUUUUCUCAGGGUGGCAAUUCAUGGUUCUGACAUGAAAUAUAUCCCCUGAAAAACAGACCUGGCAGUCAGAGGAAAAUAGCAGAUAUAGAGUUUGUGUAUUUUAUACCUUUUUGGUUCUUCUCUCAGGUUGUUGAGGAUGGCUACAGGUUUUUUGAAAAACGAAAGGUAUGUCAAGCAUUUGGACUAUGAAGGCAUUGUGAAUUGAACUCUCUUAUUACUUCAGUGUUGAACAAAAACAUCUAUCGCCCUGUCACCCACGUCAUCUUUACCAGUCAUAAAAGCAGAAGACAUGUCCAUGCACAGUCACCAAAUCAGCCCAACGUGUCAACGGAUAAAAGCCUACAACAGAAAACCAAUGGAUGAGGUCAUAACUCUAUCAGUUUUAUUGAUCAUUAUAGAAUUUAUUGAAAUUCAGUAUUUUUCUUUAGUUUGCACUUUUAUAGACUGUUUUUGAGCAAUUUAAUACGCACUGACACAGAGGGAGAAGACAGAAAUGACAUCUGCUUUCAGUGACGGGUGUAACUUUUUUUUAAGUGUGCAAUGAAAGUGAAAAUCACGUGACUUGGAUUUACAAACACGUGUGAACCACAAAAGGUGCAGUUCUAUAGUUUAUUAAACAAUUUACAAAGUUAACCUUCGAGUGUAUAAACAGGUACGAUUUUUGUAAGUAUCUCUAAUUCAUCUUUCCUACUGAAUACUUUGUUUUCCAGUUGGUGACGUUGUUUAGUGCUCCAAAUUACUGUGGCGAGUUUGAUAAUGCUGGUGGUGUCCUAGUUGUCAGCAAAAACCUGAUGUGUUCUUUGAGUAUACUCAAGGUAAGUACGUUUUAAGCCACUUAAAGGUUCGGUCCUACAACAAGAAAAUCAGUUGAGGAACAAAUUUAUUUUAAAUCUGUGAGGCCCAAAAUUAAACAUUGCACAUUGUGUUACGGAGGAUUAUAGUCAUAUCCUGUAUAUGCAUAAUUUGUGGGUGCUUUUUUGCUGUUCACGCCCUAACAGGAAUGUGAUUAGCUCUAAAGUUAGUUCCUUAGCUCUAUCUUGUUAUAGUCUCUGAUGAAGUGUGUGUGAUCAGUGACAAAACCAGUCGGAGAAAUAAAUUGAAUUAAGAAGAUACAGUCGAACCCCGCUAUUUCGAAGUCCCAAGGGAGAAGGAAAAAAGUUCGAAAUAGCGGGGUUUUGAAAUAACCGGGGAAGCGUAAAGGGGAAGGGUAAAUCCAAGGGAAUUCGAUCUUCCUUCGAAAUAGCGGGGACUUCGAAUUAACCGAGUUCGACUGUACUUGUCUGCUUCAUGCUCCUCACUAGUGUUCAUUUAAUCAUAUGCAAGGGAUGAGAGAGUAAACAUGAUUUAGAUGAUCUCUCUUUGUCUGUUGCAGCCUGAAAGUGUGACAGUCACAAUAAAAAGUACACCAACCCAAAAGAAGAGUGGCCUCUUUAGUCGUUCCUCCAACCAGAUUCAAGUGAAAUAGUAUUGUUUGUUUUGAACAUUGAAAGAAGUUGGUUGCCCUGUACAGUUGGCUCAUGACAAUCUCUUGUUGUAAAAACUGAAGAACUUCUGUAAAAAACGUCUGUUUUAUAUUAUUUAUUUUUUGAACGUUUAAUUUAUUGAAAGCUCUCAGAGAGUUCACUCCAGGUGAUUCUAAACUAUUUAAGUCAUUUUUAUAGUUUGAAUAAAGCAGAUUUAUUGCUUUCAUGGUGGCAGUUAUGUUUAUUUUGUUAUUCGGUCACAAAGAACCUGCAACAGCCGCUUCCUUCUAACAAACAUUCUAAAUUCUACCGUAAAGUUCCCAAAGUAACGACCCCCCGAGAGUAGCGAUAAAAUUUAACAGGUGUUAGCAAAUGCCAAAAGUAGCGACCCUCCGACUUUUGAAGUAGCAACUUCAAAAGUGAUUUCCCUUCUUGUUUAUGGAAAUAACGGAAAUUUUAGUUACAACAAGCUUUACCAAAGUGAUCCGAGAUUAUUUUUUAACGGUUGUAAUCAUCUUUGACAUUCCUUUGUGUAACUCAAAAGGUGCGUUACAUCUUUUUUUUUUUUCGAAAAGUCUUCCUUUCGUCUGUGAUUACCCACCGUAGUUACUAAAACAAGGAAUGACCUACAAUGAUCUACAAUGACCUACAAUGACCUACAAUGAUCUACAAUGACCUACAAUGAUCUACAAUGACCUACAAUGAUCUACAAUGACCUACAAUGACCUACAAUGAUCUACAAUGAGCUACUAUGAGCUGCUAGGAGCUAAAAUGAGUUAAAAUAAGCCCUACAAUGAGCUACAAAAUGACAGACAAUGAUGUUAAGCUACGUUUGUCGUGUGUCACGCUUGGAUGUGACACUAGGCUCAUGGUAGUAAAUUGCCAAGCACAUUUUGAAAAGGCAAAACAAAAAUAAAGCCUGAUCUCAGGUAACUUGAGAAACUUGAAAAUAAAUUAUUGUAAUCGCGUUUUUACCGGUAACACUAUUAUACCCUGUAUUGAUGGAAGUCAUCCUGCGCCUGCGUGAAUCCUGUAUUGUCUCAGUACUGUGACUUUUGUCCAAACCAUCCCUUGCAACCUUUCCCGUUAGUUGUGUUUUGUGUUGUCUUUUUUUUCAAACAAAUUAAACAGUACUGUGACAAUACACUGGAUUCACGCAGGCGCAGGAUGACUUCCAUCGAUACGGGGUAUAAUAGUGUUACCGGUAAAAACGCGAUUGCAAUAAUUUAUGUUAAGUUUCUCAAGUUACCUGAGAUCACGCUUUAUUUUUGUUUUGCCUUUUCAAAAUGUGCUUGGCUUAGUGUCACGUCCAAGCGUGACACAGGACAAGCAUCAUAAUUGUCUGUCAUUUUGUAGCUCAUUGUGGGGCUUAUUUUAACUCAUUUUUUACUUAUUUUAGCUCCUAGCAGCUCAUAGUAGCUCAUUGUAGAUCAUUGUAGGUCAUUGUAGAUCAUUGUAGAUCAUUGUAGGUCAUUGUAGGUCAUUGUAGGUCAUUGUAGAUCAUUGUAGGUCAUUCCUUGUUUUAGUAACUAUGGAUUACCCACACCGUAAUCAAAUGAUAAUUAUUCUUUUGAAUAUUUAUUUGAAAAGCAAUAACAUGAAUAUGCAGAGCGAAAUACAAAUGAAAAGGAUAGAAGUUAAUGGAGUUAUAACUCGGAGUUUCACGCACUAAGCGAUCAUCAGACUAAAUAUUCUGAAAACAGAUUUUCGGUUGUAAGUUGGAAAUUUGAGAUUCAUGGAAAGCAGACGAUCAAACCAAGGAUAACAUCAGCCUUGAGUUAAACCAAAUCACAGCCAAGCUCAGCAUAAAUGACAGAAUCGAAAAAAUGGCAGAGAGGCAAGCAUUUAUCUCCCUCAAGAACCACAAAGAAAACUUUGAAAACAACCCAAAACCAAACAACUCAAGGUUACAUAGCAAGCAAGUACUGGACAGGAUCCGGUCUAAAACCAAUUCUAAUCAGUGGAGAAAUACAAAGUCAGUAAUCGAUUGGUUUUCAAACAUCAGAGAAAAGAAGAAGCAUUCAUUCCUAAUUUUUGAUACUGUUGAUUUCUAUCUAUCCAUCUCAGAACAUCUUUUAAAGCUAUCUCUAACAUAUGCUAUGCAAUUUACAACCGUCUCAGACGAAGACAUUGAAAUCAAUACGCACUCGAGGAAAACACUUUUGUUUGAUAAGAAUGAAACCUGGAUCAAAAGAUGUGACUCCCCCAUGUUCAAUGUCCCAAUGGGUUGCUAUGAUGGAGCGGAGGUUUGCGAAUUGGUUGGGCCUUUUAUCCUGAGCAAACUCUCAUCAGAAUACCCAAAUGACAGCAUUGGCUUGUACAGGGAUGACGGACUUGCCGUUUCUAAGAACAUGAAUGCAAGAUCAGCUGAUAAAGCCCGGAAGGUUUUCUGUAAUUAG